UCUCUCUCUCCCGCCCUCUCGCAGCUCUCACAAAGCCUCUCCAUUUUCCAUCCCACCGCAAAGCACAUUGCCUUCUUCUCCUUCUUCUGUCCUCUUCAUGGUCGUCGUUGUCAUCGUCACAAUAGCAAUAUUCUUCUCCCCCUCCUCCUCCUCCUCCUCCUCCUCAUGUUAAUGUUAAUUUUCCUGGCCUCCCUUAUAUCCUCCUCUUCUCUCUCCCUCGGGUUCCUUCAACGUUAUUUGGAGGACCCUUCGCCCUUUGGUUUCGCGCAUUGGUAUUAGUGCCAUGAAUUGCUUCCCCUGCUUCUCCUCUCGCAAAAGUAAGAAAAGCCAUAGCAAGAUGGAGCAUGGUUCCGCGCCACCCGAAAACAUUCCGUCUACACCGCCCGAUGUGAAGAAACAAAAGCCAGAAAACCCAGGCCAAAUUGAUCCGGCAAGUAUUAAAGCGCAAGCUUUCACCUUUCGGGAGCUAGCAACCGCGACAAAGAAUUUUUGUCGCGAAGGCCUUCUGGGUGAAGGUAGCUUUGGCAGAGUCUACAAGGGCACGCUUCCCCCAACCGGCCAGGUGGUAGCUGUGAAGCAACUGGAUAGAAAUGGGGUGCCCGGAGACAGUAAGGAAUUUCUGGUCGAGGUUUUGAUGCUGAGUCUCUUGCACCAUGAAAAUCUAGUAGAUCUCAUCGGCUAUUGCGCCGAUGGGGAUCAACGUCUUUUGGUUUACGAAUUUAUCACGGGGGGUUCCCUGGAAGAACAUCUUCUCGAGGACGGACCAAAUAAUGGUCUACUAGAUUGGAUGACUAGGAUGAAAAUAGCGUACAAUGCUGCGAGAGGACUGGAGUACUUGCACGACAAGGCCAACCCCCCAAUCAUAUAUAGAGACUUGAAGUCCUCAAAUAUCUUGCUAGACCAUCACUCCAAUCCUAAACUCUCUGAUUUUGGAUUGUUCAAGCUUGCCGGCGGACAGAAAGCCGGCCCCGCCCCUUCUAUUGUUAUGGGCACCUACGGAUACUCUGCUCCAGAGUGCGUUACAACAGGCAAUGUCACCCUGAAGUCGGAUGUCUACAGUUUUGGAGUAAUCCUGCUGGAGCUCAUCACCGGACGGAGAGCCAUCGACACCACAAGACCAAACCACGAACAAAACCUGGUGUCUUGGGCACAACCUUUUUUCAAAGACCCGAAAAGAUUCCCAGACAUGGCGGAUCCAGACCUGGAGAGACAUUUUCCAGAGAAGGACCUGAAUCAAGCGGUGGCAAUAGCAGCCAUGUGCCUGCAGGAAGAAGCGGGAGCCCGUCCUUUGAUGAGCGACGUCGUGACAGCUCUUAGUUUCCUUACAAGCGAAAGCUGAGACAAUGGAGAGGCAUGCAACGGUGAGAUUACAACUAGUGACGUCAUGCAGUAGAAAGCAUGGAAUUAAAGGACGGCAUGAGGUAAAUGGUACGUAGUGCUUUGUGUGAGUGUAUAUGAGAGCGUAAACGAAGAAUGUGACAGGCGUCAGGCGGAUAGGGCAAAACAAGAGAGGAAGGAGGGAAGUAAAUAUGAAAGAUGAAAUGAAUGUGAUUGGGAUGGCAUGGAUGAGCAGCAAGGUCAGCGUGGACAUGGUGAAUUUAAUCCAGGGCGGACUUGAUCGCAAAGGAGUUAACUCACUCCCAAGAUGCGCAUCAACAGGAGAGCUUAAUCAUGACCAUUCUUAUACUUGUAUCAGUUUUUACUGUUAAUUCGCUGGCUCAUGAAAGUUUGUGUCGACUUUUUUGGUACUUCCAUGUCGGCUUCAGUUUCAAA